AUGGAGCCGCUCAUUCGCGCCUUGAAUGACCCUAAGAAUCAAGGCUCGCCCGCUCACAUACAUCAAAUCCAGAAGCAGCUACAGGUCCUGCAGAGAGAAACUUCGGCCUGGCAGGCAGCCCUCGAUUUCCUGCAGAACCAGGAUGCCCUCAUUCGAUUCUACGGGGCACUGACUUUGACCAUCAAAAUCAAUGCCGACUGGAAAACCGACAAGUUCAGCAAGGACACCGAUGCACGUAGCUCUCUGCUAGAAGCACUCCUGUCGAGCUACAUACGACUAGCCUUGCUUGAAGACGAAAAUUAUGUGCUACAGAAGCUGGCGUCCACCUUGGCCACGUUGUACCAGAAGCUUGGAGCCGAGUGGCCAUCGCCUGUGCGCCACAUCUUCGGCUCGCUUUUACAAGGCCAAUAUGUCCCUUCCGAGCAACUCCCUCCAAUGGCAGGCCUUCUCGGCCUGGCAUCACAGCGGUCAGCGAAACAGAUUGCGAGCAUCCUGCGUCUCAGUGUCACUCUGGCGGAAGAUGUUAAUUCAAAGGCUCCAGGAAGCACAACCCAGCAACAACUCUCCCUCAGCUGCAGCGAUACCUUGGAGUUGCUCAGUCAUGUUCUCACGGGCUACUGUCAGACAUUUAUCGAUCCAAGCAUAAGCUCUAAUCCUCCCCAGCUGAAUUUCCCACAAGCUGAUUUCACUAUGCUAUCGCGAUCAGCUCUUGAAGCACUGCCCCUCUGGACAGGUCUGCUGAAGCUUCAAGAAGCCCAUGCGCCAAAAGCCGAGACCCAGUCCGCCAACAAGCAAGCGGUGCUUUGUACAAGCAUGGCAUUGAAAGCUUUGCAGAACAAUCAUCUGGCCACACCUGCACUACACGCCCUUGUCAUGAUCCAGACCCUCUCUCCAAGGCUAUUGUCUAAAGCCGACUCUAGAUAUCCUCAGUCAUUCGCUACCUCGGAGGUGGCGCGCGGUUGGGUUUCAAGCCUUGUGCAUGGAGAUCCGAGCACCGAAGCUAUGGCUUUCGUGGAUCUGCUAGAUGCCAUCAUGCUGCAAGUCGAUACAACUUCGCCAGACUACAUUCACUCGGGUCGCUAUCACGACAUGAUGAAUCUGCUUCUUACAAUGCUGAGAUGUGAGGGAACAGCUGGUGUCGACGAUGAGGUGUGCCAGAUGAUGCUAGAAACAAUCAACACAAUUGUCGAGGGCCAUACAGAUUGGGACCCGGAUCCGGAGGCCGAGAACUUUCUGAAACAAUUCGUGGGACAGGCUUGCGAGGCGUGCCUUGCGAAAGCCAAAAUGCCCGAGGAGGAGAUGAACUUCUCGACUCGCUCUUGGGACAGAGACGAUCGAUCCAAGUUCCAAGAUUUCCGAUUUGAAGUCCAAGAUUUCCUUCAGUCGGCAUUUGGCCUCCUUGGGCCUCCACUGAUUCAAGCCAUCGUCACAAGAACAACUUCUGCGCCAGACUGGCGCGACUUCGAGGGAAGUCUCUACUGUCUGGUGGCAUUCGCUGAUACUAUGACCGCAGAACCCGAGAUAUACGACUCUCUGAUUGCGUCCAUCCUAGAGGGAGCCCACUUCCGUGAGGUCGUCCAUUCCCAGAAUGUCCCGGACAUGGCAAGAAAGACGUGCAUCAAGUUCAUAUCCGAGAUGACAUCCUACUUCAAGCGUCAUCCGAACUUGAUGGAGAUCUUGAGCUUCUUGUUCUCGUCUCUGCACCUUCCUGCAAGUGCAACAAUAGCGUCGCGAGCCAUCUACACGCUGUGCGACUCACAGCGCUCAUCUCUUACCGAAGCGCUUGGUGGCUUCAUCGCUUCCCUCAAUACUAUCCAAGAUCUCCGAGGCAUGGAGCGCCAUCGCAUCUAUGGCGCAGUAGCUGCGGUAGUGCAGUCGAUCAACAAUGAAUCAGCCAAGGUCCAGCCACUCACGGAGAUACUUGGUCUUCUGGCACGCGACGUUGAAGCCAGCCACGUUACCUCGGCAGACGAGGAAAACUUCUUAGAACAGAACACAGAUCUGCUCCAGACUCUUGCCGCCAUUGGUAGAGGCCUAAGAGCUCCCGAUGAUACACCAGUUGAUCUGGAGAAUGUCGUAUCCAGCAAUUCGGGCUUCUGGAUCAAUGGGCCGGGUUCAAAUGUGCAGCACCAGACUCUUCAGAUUUACAAGCAGGUCAUCGAAAGAGUGGGCUCCAGAGCCAGCAGCGAAUUCAUCGAGGCCUCCUGUGAUUUUGUGAGAUCAGGCUUCACCGAGAUGCAUCCCUCGCCUUUCAAGUUCACGUCUCCGAUAUCAGUCGAUCUGGUGACACAGAACGUCUCAAUCCACUCCCCGAACAUCGAUGUUGUCAUGGGAUCUGCUGCAAGCCUCCUCGCGGCAGCUUCACCGGAGGAAUUUGGUCCACAGUAUCCUCGCUUGCUGCAGCCGAUCCUAUUGGGAAUACAGCAGUUGUUGAACUCGAACGAUCGCAUCUCCGUCAUCCGCGACAGCACGUACGCCGCUGCUUCUCUGGAUUUCAUGUCGAGAUCGCUGCCACGAUGGGGUAACACGCUCCUAGAGCUAGACGAGGCGCAAGAAGCGUUCGCACUGUGCUUAGAGCUGGGCCUAUUGGUCAUUGCCGAGCCGGACACACUGCCCCGGCGGUCAGCGGCACACCUGUUCGGUGCAUUCGUCGAGCUCAGCAAGGCUGGUAAGGUGCCUCACGACAGUCCUGCGCAACGAAACCUGCAUGCCCUCGGUGAAAGCUACCAGCCCAGAAUCAUAGCGUCGUUCAUGCGAUUAGUUGGGGGUGAAUGUGCCCGAUCCGAGCUCGAUGUAUUCUCCGAGCAGAUCCGUCGCUAUGUUCAUAACCAGCCUAUGCUCUUCAAAAGCAUUGCUCGCGAGGCCAUGAAAGAUGAUAACCGUGUUCUGACAGACAAAGCCUUACAAGCGACAACACAGGAACAGCGGGACAGGUUCAUUUCUCAAGUAGACGGUCUUCGCGGAGCACGGAAGACAAAUGAGGUUGUGAGGGAUUUCUGGGUGGCUUGCCGGGGCAGUGACUUUGAGUACAUCACAUAG